UGGCCGCGCGAGGAGAGAGCGGCAUGGAUAUAACGGGUCCGGGGGCGCCCGAGCUGUGCUGAGUCACGGUGAGUACAAUGUGCCUGAGUGUGGGCUCCGUAUAGGAGAGCCACCAGGAGUGUAUGAUCUCAAAGGCAAGCGGUCUCUCAAGAGUUUGAUGGCUGAAGGGAACACAGGUUCGCUCGGCUUCUUUAAUUGGACUGCCACGUACUCCCAAAGCUCAAAUAUUGUCGUAGCGCCCCGAGUGGCCGCCCUGGCCAGUCAUGUUUCGACGACGAAAAAAUUCCUGCUCAAAGGUCUCAAAAAGAAGCUCGUGGCUUGGUAUCCACCCGAGUGUGUAACGGAUUCUGGAAGAGAAAAAAUGGGGAAGAAACUGGCAGGCUUACAAGUCGACGUCUACGGACGAUGCGGCACUGAAGUGUGCCCAGCUCACGGCUGCUGGCAGUACCUGUCAAUGCGCUAUAUUUUUUACCUUAGCUUCGAAAAUAAUCUCUGCAUUGAUUAUAUUUCUGAUCAGGUGUGGGAGCCACUGAAAGCAGGCCUCAUCCCCGUAGUUUACGGAGGAGCAAAUUAUACCAGGACUUUGCCACGUAAUUCCUUCAUCGACGCCAGGGAACAUAGUGCAGCCAACCUAACGUCCUUGCUGAUCAAGUUAUCAUCUAACUCUUCAGAGUUGGGAAAAUACCACGAGUGGCGGUCAUUCUUUACUAUCGAGAACGAGGAUUUUUACGGUCAACUGUGUUCUAAGGUUCAUGAGAUUAGACGAAGACCUUUUUGGAGUGUCGCAGUUCAGCCAGCGCAGAACCUCACCAAUAAUCCUUUACACAAGUGGUGGCUGAAUGUAAACAAAUGCUGGACGGAUUAUCCUAGGAAGCGAGUCAAUAGUUACGCAGCUAAUGUGGGAUCCGUUUUGAAAUUUAUUAAAAAGUUGCAAAUGAUUUAUUAGAACGAAUCGUUGAACCAAACAAAAUUUUCAGAUUAUUUGUUUUUUCCGGUGUUCAAGUACCUACAUGUACCACCAUGCAGGUACAGUUCAGGGUGAAGUUAUAUGUGUAUAUAAUUAUAUUGGUAGAAUUAAAGAAUGAUAAUUUAUGAUAAAUUUCAAUUCGUUAAGAAUAACUUGUGGCAUUUUCGAUUUUGAAUUUAAAUUGAGAAUAUUGUGUUGCAGUGAACUAUGCACUCAAAUAGCUCCCUUGCAUGCGCUGCCAUAUUUUGAUCAAUUUCACAAAGAAGUUUUAAUAGUAGUUAUUAGUUUAUACUAUACUUCAAUUAGUUAGAUAGUCCCAUAUAUAGCGACGUGAUUAUUAUUAAA